AUUGCGCACGUAGACGUUCAUUCCCUUUAACAACUGCCAGACACUCACAUUCAGAUGUUUCUGCCGGAUUGGUAAGGAACAGUCUACCUCUAUGGAAGGCGGGGAUUCGGAGCAAGAGCGGAGGUGCAACUACGUAAGAAACUUCAACAUCGCAGUAUUGUACAGGUUAGAGUAGAGAAGACCGGCCUGAGCCCGACAUCUUCAAGCAUCCAGCCUUCAUCCUUCUUCUCGCAGGAUAAUGUGGUAGCCUUGGUACCCUUACGCGGGUUGGAAUUGUCAGCUUCCGAGCCUUCCUGACUUUCUUUGCAUCUGCUCCUCUUUCUGCAAAGUCCUUUCAACUCUUCGACUGGGAUGGCGGAACCGAGUUUUCUAAAGCAUGAGAGGGGAAGCUUGGAGGAAACUGGGGGAUCUGGACUCGCAGAAUUGAUGUCUGCAUUUCUUUGACUUAGCGCAACGAUCAGUUUCGGACCCUGCUUGUCUUCAUCAUCGUCGACUACCUCCACAACCCGAACUUCACUCCAGCAGGCUGUGUGAACAGUCAAUCGCUCAUGAGAACUGUAAAUGCACACGACGUACACGGGUGUAAAGCCUCGUCCAUUCUCAAAGAUCUCAUGUCAUUGCAAAGAAGCAUAUCGUCUUUCUGCGG